CGUGGCGCUGCUAGCUGGGCGCAGGGCCGGAGGUGCUGGGGAUCGACCCUGCUCUGCGUGCGGAGCUGCGGUGUGCCUCUCGGGAAAGCCCAGCCUUGCGGGCAGGAGAAGCGGCGGGCGGCGGCGGACCCCCUCCGACUGGUACAGGGCCUCGAGCCGAGCAGGGCCGAGUGCUGCGGGGGGUGGGGGGGGGAAGCAACCGCGGCGGCGGGUCCCGAGCGCUGCGCGCCAUGGCGGGCGGGCCCCCCAAGGCCCUGCUGUCCACGGGGCCCCAGUCCCUGCGCGACGUGCCGCACCCGCUGGCCGGCUCCAGCAGCGAGGAGGCCGUGGGAGGCGACAGCACGCCCAGCCCGGACCUUCUGAUGGCCCGCAGCUUCGGUGACAAGGACCUCAUUUUGCCCAAUGGUGGUACUCCAGCAGGCACUUCGAGCCCAGCAUCAUCAUCUUCCCUUCUGAACAGACUCCACCUUGAUGAUGACAUUGAUGGUGAAACUCGUGAUCUCUUUGUCACAGUUGAUGAUCCUAAAAAGCAUGUUUGUACAAUGGAGACCUACAUCACAUACAGGAUCACUACCAAAAGUACUCGGAUGGAGUUUGACUUGCCAGAAUAUUCUGUUCGAAGAAGAUACCAGGAUUUUGACUGGUUGAGAAACAAACUGGAAGAAUCACAGCCCACUCAUCUCAUUCCCCCGCUUCCUGAGAAGUUUGUGGUGAAAGGGGUCGUGGAUCGUUUCUCAGAAGAGUUUGUGGAGACCAGAAGAAAAGCUCUGGAUAAAUUCCUAAAAAGGAUUACAGAUCACCCUGUGCUCUCUUUCAAUGAACACUUCAAUGUAUUCCUCACUGCUAAGGACCUGAAUGCCUAUAAGAAGCAGGGAAUGGCACUGCUGAGCAGAAUGGGGGAGUCAGUCAAGCACGUCACGGGCGGCUAUAAGCUGAGGAGUCGGCCUCUGGAGUUUGCAGCCAUCGGCGACUACUUAGACACUUUUGCACUCAAACUGGGAACCAUUGACCGGAUAGCCCAGCGGAUCAUCAAGGAAGAAAUAGAGUACCUCGUAGAGCUGAGGGAAUAUGGGCCCGUGUAUUCCACGUGGAGCGCCUUGGAAGGUGAACUGUCGGAGCCCCUGGAAGGUGUGUCGGCCUGCAUUGGGAACUGCUCCACGGCCUUGGAAGAGCUGACUGAUGAUGUAACAGAGGAAUUUCUACCAGUGCUCAGGGAAUACAUUCUGUACUCAGACUCCAUGAAGAAUGUAUUGAAGAAGAGGGACCAAGUUCAGGCUGAGUACGAAGCCAAACUGGAAGCUGUGGCUCUGAGAAAGGAAGAUCGUCCCAAGGUACCAGCAGAUGUGGAGAAGUGCCAGGACAGGAUGGAGUGCUUCAAUGCUGACCUUAAGGCUGACGUGGAGAGGUGGCAGGGCAACAAGCGACAGGACUUCCGGCAGCUGCUCGUGGGCUUGGCUGACAAGAAUAUCCAGUAUUAUGAGAAGUGCCUCAUGGCGUGGGAGUCAAUUAUUCCCCUACUGCAAGAAAAACAAGAGACCAAGUAGAUCUGUUCUUGGGACAGAGACUCUUCUGCCUCCACAGGGCAUGGCACCCUGAACCAGAGUGUCCCUGCAGUGCCGGAGAGGUGGCCGUGAGAACACAGCAAAACACCACCUCCCGUUUGUGUACUUUCUCCCUCCCCUCCCCCACAGUUGUUUUUCAGUUUAGUAUUUAUUCCUUGGUGGAGUCUGUGAGUCUGUAAUCAUCUCUCAACAGAAGCAUACCUCCAUAUUGUGAAGGAACCUCCUAAAUGGAACACUAUGAAGACUUGAAACUAAGGGACAGAACAGCCCCCAGAUGACAUGUGACAUCACUUUGGGGGCAUCCCAAUUGCUUUUGUGAGACAGAACAAGAACCUUGCGUUUCAGGGACACAGGAGACAUGAAGAAGGCAGCCGUGGCUUGCUGUGGAGACCAUGUGGUUCUGCACUUUACCCCUAAGGGCAUUGACGUGUCCCAGCAUAGGAGGUUAGGUACCUUCGUGGAAAGUCCUUAAUUUACAGUGACUGUGGCCUACUGCCAGCUCAUUAUGAGUGGCAUCUUUUGACUUAUUUCUGGUUCACAUGGGUCCAUUUAAAUCAGUGUCCGUGUGCACCAGUGCUUGAGCCAGCGUCCUCGUCCUUAUGCCAUGCCUCAGGAAGCUGAAGGGAAUGCUCCUGGAUCUUGUUUCUGGCAUCCACAGUGCUAUAGAUGAGAAGCUUUUCGGUGUGAAUUGGCAAAAAAAGGUGCAUUUUUCUUUGUGAAGGUGUCAAUGUGCUUGUUUUGAUUGUUUAACCAUUGUCGUGGUUGCUCUUAGACCUCUUAGGAAACAGCUGCUAUUUUAUGGUCAGCGACUCUCCUGUGUGCCAAGCCCCAGUCCCAGUGUCUGCUUUAUGCAAUUUGCCUUUACUUCACCAAAAAUGUCUGUUUUAAUACUUCCUGUCAUGCCCACUGAAUAUCUGGGCAACCUUGCAGUGAGGGCUGGUAUGUCACAUUGUCAUGACUGUCACCAGUUUGUAAAUUCAGUAUGAAUGUUCUACAUGAGUGUGGUCAGGACGAAAGCAUCUGCAGGGCGCUCAGAGACGAGAGUGACAGCAUGCUCUUUGCUUCUAGAUAUGUGGAAAUCUCCAUUUGCUGCCCAAAUCUGGAGACUGCUGGCUGUGCUUAAAUCUUCAUUUGAAACUUUUCAAGUUGCCAUAAAUCCAGAAGUUAGAAAGGCUCUUUUUCAGGCCAUUGUUGGAAAGCAGCUGCAGAGUGUGUUCUUUCAUCUGUGGCUCUUUGCUCAAACGCAUAAAUCCGAGCUCGGGUAAAUGGAAGGGGUUCUGUUUGUUUUUAGAAUGAAGCACAUACAAGUUAUUUGCAAAUUCUAAUCAGCGCACCGCGUGCUGAAGCCUCCCUUCCCUCGCGCAGAGCUGGCCUCCAUCAUGGACAGCAGCUAGACAGCAUGAAACAAUUUGCCUUUUCCUCACAUUUGACAAAUUUGUGAUUGAAAUAAUAGUUUCUGCAACUCUUGGUACUUGCCCAGACCCCUCUGUGCCAUCCUGAACUCCUUUGAUGUGAAUUCUGUUUGGUACAAAUAGAAAUGGCCCGCUGGAGUGGAAAGGUAAGAACAGUCUGUCCACUCCAAACUUCAGUGGCCUGGAAUCUCAUUCUACCUCCGAAGCCAUCAGGUUGGUGUGGGUGUAAAUGCCCAGAGUCAACCUGAGCGUGCUGGUAGAGUCAGGGCGUGUGUCUAGUCACCGGCAGGUCUCCAUUGUUAGAUGUCAGCAGACACCAAGCAGUGAUGUUCAUCUUUGGGAAACAUGAAACUUGGCUUUGUGGACUGUGCCCUUGCUAAGUGUCCAGCGUAAUGAUGUUUGACAAGAACUACGGAAAGAAUUAAGGAGAAGCUAAAAUUUGAUGACGAGCUGGUUGCUGAAACCCCAAGUCAAUCCUGUGUGCUGGUUAGCUACACAAGAAAGAAGCCUGUGAAAACAGCCCUGGGCUGCAGGGGAAGUAAAUGGAGGGAAGCAGGAUCCACAGCCAUUUCCUCAUGAGAGGCUGGCUUUUACGGCAUCUUUUAAUUUCUGUCUUCUGUUUAUUUGGCCAGCAAGCAAUGUCCCUAGACUUUGAGAUUCCAGAAAGAGCUGGGAUAAUGGAAACUUUCUGUCCCCUAGAAAUGAUGUCAGUGGCUAAGCCAGGAACAGCCAUGCACAAGAAGGCACUCUUGUCCCUGUCUUCAGGCUAGCGUCUGGCCCAGAAGAGAAGGGGCAGUAGACAGUGGAAAGAGGCCUCCUACCCGCCUACUCUGGGGCUCCCUCAAGUUCCCGGAAGCUCAGCAGUCCCAAGCAUUUGCUUCCUCUUGGCCAAGCCCAAAAGAGAUUCCCUCCACAAAAUAUUGCUCAGAGAUUACAGUGUCAAAAGGCCUUAGAGAGGCCUCAUUCGUUCCUUCUGAAGCCUCUGCCAUGAAGUCACGGAUCCCUCUUGUUUAUUUCCCAUGAGACUUUGCCUUGAGGGCAGAGCACUGUACUCAGGUAGAGAGACAUGGAUAGCUUUGGAGGCUUGAACAUGGGACAGUGAAGUGAAAGUUGGCCCUAUGACUGCCCGGUCCUGAGAGAUGGAGGGUUUCUUCCCUGGGUUAGAGAUCUGCCCGGGCAAGAAAAGAGUUCUUAAAACCAAGGAGAUUGGAGAGAUGCAAGAGUUUAGGGCAGUGUCGUGGUUUGUAGUAGGAAAGGAUGCUAUUAAUGCUGACAGUUUACAAGAAGAAUCUGAGCUGCUGUGCUCAAAGCAAGGAGUAAGCCUCUGUGGGGUCGGGUUCAGUAAUGAUUGCUGGUAAGUGGAAAGUAGGCUUAGAGAGGCAGUGGGCUUGGUGCUUCUCCAGGCUUCUUCUGAACUCACCAGGCAUUUUCCCAUAGCUGAAACAAGAAAGCCCCACCGUGCUUGGGGACAGAGGUGAACCCCGUGGAGUGUGCUCUAGGUGUUGAGUAGAAUGUACUCUUUCUGCUGUCCACGGGAAGAAACUGUCCAUGCACACUGCAGCCCUUGGUGAGGCCCAAUGGAAGUUUUGACUUUAGAAGUGAGCGUAAUGGCCGUGCUUCUCUUAGGAUAGCACCAAAAGAACACUCAGCCUCUGGGCCUUGGUCCUGUCCUGUGAAGGCAGGACCUUCUGAAGCUCUAGGUACUAGGUAGCUGGUUGUUUCAGUGAGGUCAUCUAAGCCAUGGUAAGGGCACUACACUGCACUAUCCUGAGCGGGUUAGGGUGGGUACAACAAAGCCAAGGACUGCCUUAGAGACUGUGUUGACACUACUGGCUUGGGUCUUGGAGUCAGCUGGAGGUGGGCUCUUCUCUGGCUAGGUGGAGCUGCUGACCAUGAAGGGUGAUUCUUAUGGAGGGUCAGCUCCUGGGGCUGGGCCCCUGCUGAACCCCAUCUUCUUAUAAAGGGUAUUUGGAAAUGAAGUAAGGUAAGCACAUGGCUAGGGGACUUUGCUCACCUUCAUUUACAAAUUACGUCGGGAAUUUGGGCUUGCCGUCUCGCUCUCAAGAGUCUUCAGGAUGACAACAGAUUGCAUGUGCCUUCUCAUCACCUGUGACUUGCUCUGCUCAGGUAGCAGGUGGCACUUAGCAGUAGAGUUGAGGAAAAUGACCUCUUCUUGGCCAAAUAGAGGUACAGUCGGUGUGCUGGGGAAGCCUGCUUCCUCCCUGUUUUUAAUUUAGUGACUAAUGGGGGACUCGGUUUUUACCAGCCUGCUCUGUAGGUCGUCAGUGUUCCGUUUUGAAGGUGUCCCCAUGCUUGUACACAUCAGAGGACAGGAACUCGGUGUCUGAGAAGGCUGGAAGCACUGUUACAGGGCUGACCAUUCUCUCUUAAUCAUAUCUGUUUGGAAUAUUCCUGGGUAUGACUGACUAUCCAAUACUUUAUGUGUGGCAAAAAAAAAUGUUACUAGUUCUUAACUAUUGUAGUUUGUAAAUAAGCACCGUGGGUGGGGAAACUUUUAAAGAGACAAAUAAGAUGUGUAUCUCAUAUCGGUGUUCUUAGCACUUGAAAACCAACCCACCCAGGAAAAGCCACAGACUGUUAAAAGCAUAACAGUAGUUCUUAAACAGCUGUCAGUACCCACUAAUUGCCUUACUAGUGUUUUAAAGUGUUGGCAUAGAAAGAGUUUUACGUGUAGAAGCAGUUGGUCUAGAAACUUAUUAUGGGCCAUCUUCAGUCCUCUUAAAGUCACAAGCCAGAGGUAUAGGUCACAGAAGGAAGGUGGCCUUUUGGGAAGCAAGACUAAAUAUUUCUGUUGGCAAAUGGUAUUUGAAAAUAAUGUCAAGAAACAGGGAGCACAGCCCGUUUUGAUGUUUUUGAGGGAGAAAGACAAGCUUAGUGUGCUUUGGCCUAGUUGGGGUGUGGAGGAUACCGACAUUAUCAGCAGUUACAAAUUGCAUGCUUCAGAGAACCCUCCAGAUUACGGCAGCAUGAGAGGCUUGCCUUGCCUCCAGAGUGGUCUCAGAGCACACUGGGAUAGAAAUUCUCCUUAGGUUGAAAUGCCAAAUAGCUUACCUGUUCUGCCAACUCACUCACUACUAAAGCCAGUGUUGAAGGGUUCAAAUGUGCCUCUCCCAGAAGUACCGCCCAAGUAUUGGGUGAUUCUGGGCUCUCCACAGUCCAGGUCAGAGCAGCUAACACCUGUGCACACUGCUGUUGAACAGGCUGGGCCACAGCCUUAGACUGGCACUCUGCCAGGAACAAUGCUGGAGGGAAGGAGGGGGAGCUGUGUCCACUGGGCCUUCAUCCAGGAACAAAGCAGCACAAGCCAGCGUCUCUUCCAGUCAGCGCUGCCCACCUAGGCCGUGCCGGGCUGGGCUCCCUCAGAGUCCCUGCUCAUUGUAUUUCCGUGUGCCUGUUCCCUUCAUGCCUGCGUCAGGAACGCACGGAGAGACAGCCUACAUCUGCAGACUCCCAUGAAGCAAACUGCCAGCAAACUCUUCAAGGGGCAUGAAAAUAAAUAUUUGGACUUUUUUAGAAAUUGUUCUUUGUGUUUAAAACUUCCAGAGAAAGAAACAGGCUUCUGAGGAAUGGAGUCCCACCCUGGUGUACUGGCUCUCUCCCUGCUGCCGUUAAACCAAAACAAAAGCUGUGAACAUAAGUGCUUGAGGGAUAUGUGUUGACAAGAAAGUGAUUUAUUUACAGAACUAAGUCCUUGUCUCAUGAAACUACCGAAAAAGAAUGUCACCUUUCUCUUUGUUACAGAACCAGAGAUGUUUUGUUGUAUUUUUUAUGCUGGCACGAGGUUCUUGUCUGCUUUGAUUUUUCAUGUAUCUGUGUGUAAGAAAUUCUGUUUGUUGUUUACUAUGGAAUUAGUAUUACAUUUUGAGGUAAACAAAGAAUUUGUAUUGCUUGGUAAACUAUUAGCUUGUAAAUUAAAAAAAAAAUCUUUACCUCACUUAAAGCAAUGGACCAAUAAACCUAUAAAAGAUGCUUUA